AUGUCGCGACAAAUAAACCAACCCUCCAACCAGAUCAAGCUGACAAACGUCUCGCUGGUGCGGCUCAAGAAGGGCAAGAAGCGCUUCGAGAUUGCAUGCUACAAGAACAAGGUUCUCGAGUGGCGCUCCGGCAUCGAGACGGACCUGGACAACGUCCUGCAGAUCCCCAAUGUCUUUCUCAACGUCAGCAAGGGCCAGACGGCGCCCUCGGCCGACCUGGCCAAAGCCUUUGGCAAGGACGUCCCCGUCGCCGACGUCAUCCUCGAGAUACUAAACAAGGGAGACAUACAAGUCGGCGAGAAGGAGCGGGCGCAGCAGCUGGAGCGCGUCCACAACGAGGUCGUCGGCAUCGUGGCCAGCAAGCUCGUCGACCCGAGGACCAAGCGCGUCUACACUACCGGCAUGAUAGAAAAGGCCCUCGACAUGCUCAGCUCCCAGGCCCACACCCAACAGCAGCAGCAGCAGCAACAACAAAACAAGUCCGCAGCCGACGGCAAGACGGAGAGCAGUAGCGGCAGCGCCACUCCGACCACCGCUGCCGAGAACGGAGAGGCCACCGGCGGCAAAACCUCAAAACCCAUCUGGACUGGCGUCGUCACCACAAAGAACGCAAAGCUUCAGGCGCUAGAGGCCAUGAAGGCACUCAUAGCCCACCAGCCUAUCCCCGUCGCUCGCGCCAGAAUGCGGCUCAGGAUAGCCUGCCCCACGAGUGUACUCAAGCAGGCAGUCAAGGCUCCCAAGACUGAGGAUGGCGAGCAAAAGGCUCCUGGAACUGUCAAGGAUAAGAUAUUGGGCUACAUCGAGCAGGUGGAAAAUCAGGACGUGGUUGGAUCAGAAUGGGAAGUUACCGGCUUUGUAGAGCCUGGCGCGUUCAAGGCUGUAUCCGACUUCAUUGGGAACGAGACCAAGGGGCAGGGCCGCGUCGAGGUGUUGGAUAUGGCAGUUACGCACGAAGACUAA